AUGUCCUUUUUCAGCCACGACACCAGAUCCCGCCCGCUGCCGGUCCAGCGGUACCUGUCGAAGCCAGCCGGCGCCGGCCACGCCCACGGCUGCGACGCACUCCCCAGCACAGUCAUCAUGGACGCCGACGCGCGGAUACUGCACCUGUGCCCGUGUGAAACGGCAAAGCCCGCCGCCGGCACGCCCGACGGCGACAAAGGCCCCCCCGAGGACAAGGCCAAGAAGAGACAGGCACAGAACCGAGCAGCACAGCGCGCGUUUCGGCAGAGAAAGGAGCGCAAGGUCAAGGACCUGGAGGAGCGGGCGGCGGAGCUGGAGAAGACGACAAAGGAGACCAUGCUGGAGAACCAGCGGCGGCGGCACCGGAUACGGGACCUGUUUAUAGAGAACCAGGUGCUGCGGGCGGCGCUGGCCACCGACGGCGGCCACGCCCGCGGGCGCAGCGGCGCCGUGCCGCCUCGUCUGGACGCGGUCAAGGGGGAGGUCUCGCCCGAGGGGGAGGAGACGUUUCGGUUCGGCGCCGACGACGCCCAGGGGGCGGGAUACCUGCCGUGGUGGAAUAAUUACCGGCUCAUGCUGUCCGAGGACAAGAUUGUCGGGCAGCUCCAGAAGCUGGAGAGUGUCAACGACGACCUUUUGUGA